GCCUUGUAAGGUCCAGAUUCGUCGGUCAAAUUGAGACUUAUGAUCACAAUUUCCAUAUUUUAGAAUGCCAGCUUUCAUUUAGAUAAUGUCAAACAAAAGUGACGUGGAUAAUACUCCACAGAGCCAAGAACUGGCUGAAGAUGACCAUGAUCAAGUGGAAUAUCCUCAGUCCAGCAUCAAUGUAGAUAAAUGGACCUUAGAAGAUGUGAAUUUAAAACGAUUCAAUCUCAUUUCAACCAGGAAGGCUCCGCCAAAGGUCGUUAAAGAACAAGAGGAACGUGAUACAAGUCCGCCAGAUUCAGAGGAGCAAUUGGUCAUAUCGGAGAGCAAAAGCUUUGGAAGGACAUUCAAGGAGUUAGGAGUACCUUCAUGGCUUAUAGAUAUAGCUGAUAGUUUGCAUAUAAAGGCACCUACGAAGAUACAGGAGCUUUGCCUUCCACCAGCUUUUGCUGGAAAAAACAUCAUCGGUUGUGCACAGACGGGUACUGGUAAGACAAUUUGCUUUUGUUGGCCUAUAUUAGUUGCUCUUGACAAGGAUCCGUACGGUGUAUUCGCACUAGUCCUGUCCUCUUCGAGAGAACUUGCGUACCAAAUUGCUGAUCAGUUUAACAUUUUUGGUGCCCGGAUGAACAUUGACGUUCUGGUUUGUGUUGGAGGAGUUGACAUAGUCUAUCAAGCCAUAAAAAUGGAAUCUAGACCGCAUAUUGUUAUUGGCACUCCCGGAAGGAUAGCCGAUCAGGUUGACAUACCGGAACGUAACAUUUCAAAAAUAUUUUCAAAUGUAAAGUAUCUCGUUUUUGAUGAAGCUGACAAACUAUUACAUUCUAGCUUUCAAACUCCAAUUCAAUCGAUUUUAAAGUGCCUACCAACUACACAAUCUGGGAGAAUAACAUAUUUGUUUUCAGCUACAAUUACAAAUGCCAUCAAGGCUUUAUCAUCUUCAUUUUCCGAUAGUAAAUUCCAUUUUUUUGAUGUAACUGAGGGGAAAGGCCAAAAUUCUGUUUUCAACGAAUUAAAUAUAGAUCACAAAUAUAUCUUCCUUCCUCAACAUGUCCAUACUACCUAUUUGGUAUAUUUGUUGAAGGAAAAGUUGAUGGAGUCGGAGCGAGUGCAGGGCAUUAUAUUUACUGCUACAAAGAAGAGGUGUCAAAUACUCUCUCUUGCUUUAGAACAGCUUAAAUUCAAGGUUACUUGCAUACACUCCCUCAUGAAGCAGAGGAAGAGGAAUGCAUGUUUGGCUAAAUUUAGGUCUGGUACUUGUAACUUGCUCGUUGCAACAGAUUUGGUUGCGAGAGGUAUUGAUGUACCAUCCGUUCGUUUUGUUAUCAAUUUGGAUAUGCCAAAAGUUACCGAAGAUUAUAUACAUCGCAUUGGUCGUACUGGGAGAGCUGGUACUAGGGGUUUAGCACUUUCGUUUAUUGAUGAGAAGGAUGUGGAUAAGCUAAAGAAUAUUGAAAAGGAGAUCGGUAUGAAGUUUGAAAAGUACGACGUUGUUGAUAAGGAAGCUGUAAAAUUACUGAAUAAAGUUACCAUCGCCACUCAAAAGGCUCUUGUCUUUUUAGAGGAAAUAGAGUACGGCAAAGAUGACUAA